AUGAAGCUUCAGCAUCGGUUAUGGUUAUGUAAUGAAGAGUGGAAUGAAGAGUUUGUAACUCCUACAUGUAUCAUACCAGUGUUCAAUAUGGCAAGACCAUUAGCAAAAAUAUGUGACAUCAAUGACAGCAAAGAACUUUGGAAAGUUGUUGUUCGUGGUGGUGACAUACAUGUUGUUGUUCCUGCACCGCAUGUAUCUCUUUUUUCUGAAAAAAUGGUCUUGGAUCAUAGUUACACUGUUUCCAAUUUUAAGGUUCAGGCUAAUGUUGCGGCUUUCAGACCUUCGUCUCAUAAGUUUAUGUUGAAGUUUACUGCUGGCACUACGGUUACGGAAGAUAACAACGCUGAAAUACCUCCAAAGCCGUUGGUGUUUACUAAAUUUACUGAUAUAAUUAACGGCAACUUUAACAAGGAUGUGCUAAUAGAUGUCAUUGGUAUGGUGGAAAGUAUUGGGUAUUCACAGACCACAUCAGGUGGCCGGAAGCAGCAGAUUAACAUGAUGCUGCGUGACGGGGGUGAGAAUACUAUCAAUUGCACGCUUUGGGAAUCCUAUGCUGAACAAUUCAUGAAGUUCAAGCAGGAGCGCGGAGAUGAUUCGGGUCCUAUUUUUGUCAUGAUUCAAUAUGCUAAAGUCAAGGAACAGGGUAAGUUUCCACUGUCCGUGACAAACACGUUUAAUGUUACCGUCCUUGGUCUGAAUACUGAUUUGCUGCCGAUGAAAGAGUUUAUAGAAAGUUUUCCGAAGGAUUCCAUGAUUACGUUGUCUGGCCAGGAGGGUUCCAAUUCACAGCUUUCAGCACAUAACUCUGAAAAUCAACAGAUGACUCAUGUACAGAAAUUGCUUUCAAAGGCUGUUGUAAUGCUUAUUGGGGAUAUUAUUAAACUCAGAACUGUAUGUUUGGAAGUUGUUGGCCAUUUAUUCUGA